AUGGCCGACGACGAGCAAAUCUCCAUCUACGACGAGGUCGAGAUCGAGGACAUGACCUACGACGAGACCCUGCAACUCUACCACUACCCGUGCCCCUGUGGCGACCGCUUCGAGAUUGCGCUAUACGACUUGAUGGAUGGCGAGGAUAUUGGCGUGUGCCCAAGCUGUAGCCUGAUGAUCCGGGUUAUUUUCGAGGUGGAUAACCUGCCGAAACCGCCUGGGCAAGACGGUGGUGAGCAGGUCGCUGUUGCUGCUUAA